AUGGACUGUUGGCCAAGAGACUGUGUGCUUUCCUCUCCUGAGAAAAAGCGCUAUAAAAGCUCGAUAUGAGCACUGAGAGCAGUCGUCCCCUCGGGCUCUCCAAUCCGACGACUUCCAACGCAAUGCUCUUCUCUGUCGUCUCUGUCGCGCUGUUCCUCGUCCCCGGUAUUCGCGCCUCUCCUUAUCCCGAUGGUCAAAUGGAGGCCCGCCAAACGGCCUGUCCUGCUGGGCAGUAUCGCACCAACCCUACGACUUGCUCUCCCUGCCCGGCUGGCAGUUUCUGCAAUGGCUCAGGCAAUCCCGAAGCUUGUGACAACGGCCGUUAUCAACCAAGCACUGGUCAAUCGAGUUGCAUCGGAACGUCUCCAGGCUACUUCGUGAACACCAGAGGCUCCUCUAGCCAGACGCCAUGUCCUCCAGGAAGCUAUCAGCCUUAUUCGACUCAGGCGUUCUGUUAUGGGGCACCAUCAGGCCGCUUCCAGGCUCAGUCCGGCAAAGCGUUUGUUUGCGGCUCAUGCUGUGGCUGGUCAGCUCCGCUCACCAACAACAAUGUCCAUCCUGUCAAAUGCAAAGGAUCGAGCCCGAACUCUUGGCCCUCGUCUGGCGAUGGUUGCAUUUCCGCCCAGACCUCCUGCACAAGAAUGGCCCACUGUCAUCAGGCUGCUGACGGAUCUUGCC